AAUGUAAGAACUUGUGUCUUUGCGAAAGCUAAGAAGCAAGCAAAAGAAGUUACGCGAUCUUCAACGGUUAACUAAAUUUGUUUUCUCAAGUGUGGUCUAAAUUCUACAAAUUCUCAAAAUCAUUUUGGCUUAUUAGAAACCCAUUUAAAUAUUAUUGAACGAAUAUUGUUUUUGCCGUCGGUGUAAUCACAGAAUCUUAUAACAAGAACAAUUUGCUCGCCUUACGCACACAUUAAACCGAAAAGCGCGAUGACAUGCCGACGGUAACAAAAUUUGAAGAAGAAGACAAUGAGUGAGACUUUUAAGAACACAAGAAAAUCGCUUAAAAAGACUUGAUAAAAGCAGCUUCCAGUGAGCAGAACGUCGGUGGACACAAUGGAAAAAGGAAAAGUGAAAUAAAUAAUAAAAAUGUCGAGAAGAUGCUUAGCAACAUUUCACUUGGCAACCGAAGGAGAGUGUAAGGCGCAAAAGAAAGUUCAUUGGAAGUGUUUGGAUGCUCAUUAUAUGUACAUAUGUAUAUACUCGUAGUUGGGUGCCUCUUUGGUGCGAGUAGGUGAAAAUACUUAUAUACUUAUAAGUAUAUGUAUAUAUGAAAUAUAUGAAAAUAGAGUGUAAUAUUCAGUUCGAUAUAUAAGUGCAUGAAAUAGUUCGUCGGCGUGAACGUGCGUGUCUCAUAAACCCCAAAUAAAUUGUGUCUCGUGUGAAAAUCCGUAAAAAUGCACAUCUCAAGUGAAGUGAGUUCAACCACGAAUCAUCAGCAGCCACCGCCCGCUAGCGGUGCGCCGUCGAAACGCCAAGCCACUAAUGCCAAUAACAAUAACAACAACAAUAAUAGUGUUAAUAACAAUAAUACGAGCGGUGGUAAUAAGAAAAUCGUCGAUACGAGCCCAUAUCUAACACCGGAGAAUCUCUUCGAGCGUACUGUUGAUGUGUUGCUGGCCGAACAUCCGGGAGAAUUGGUGAAGACCGGCUCACCGCAUGUGGUCUGCACAACGCUGCCCACACAUUGGCGCUCGAACAAAACGCUACCAAUUGCCUUCAAAGUGCUCGCCUUGGGCGAGGUAAUGGACGGAACGAUUGUAACAAUACGCGCGGGGAACGAUGAGAACUUCUCGGCGGAGUUGCGGAAUUGUACGGCUGUUAUGAAAAAUCAAGUGGCCAAAUUCAAUGAUUUGCGCUUCGUUGGACGCAGUGGACGUGGCAAAAGCUUCACUCUGAGCAUUGUGAUAUCGACCAAUCCCAUACAGAUCGCCACCUACAACAAGGCGAUCAAGGUGACGGUGGAUGGCCCGCGCGAGCCACGCUCCAAGGUGCGUCAUCCGGGUUUUCAUCCGUUUGCCUUCGGACCGCAGCGUUUCGGACCCGGUGAUCCGUUGAUGGGUGGACUGCCGUUUAAGUUUCCAGGUUUCGCACAUCAUCUCGUCGGCAUGCAUAGUCACUUGCAUGCGCCCGAUUGGCGGGCAUUGAGUAACCCAGCGGCUUUGGCGCGACCGGCCUUUGCGCACGGCGCAGCAUUCUUUCAUCAUCAGCAUCCCGCUUUCCAGGCGCACAACAUCGCUGGCAAUUUGGAACGGCAUGGACUGCGGGCGCUAAACGAAACCCAUCCUCAACUAACACAACUGCGUCAAUUAUCAGCGGCUCAUAGCACCACCAGUCCCGAGGGUUCGCCGACAACCACAACGAUUAAUUUGGGCACACAACCAACAUUAACCAUAUCGCCGCCUUUAACCACGACCAACAGUGAUAACGAUAACAAUAACAAUAUAGAUGCGGGUUUCGAAAGUGAUAGCAUUUCGGUGACGGGCUCGUCCAAAAAGACGUCCUCUUUGCACGAAGACGACGAUGGACGUAGCACUUCACCACCUUCGAAUAGCGGUUCUGCCAGUGGUGGUGGUGCCUUCACGUCGCUCAUACAACGAAACGAAACGCUGCGUAAAAAUGAACUGCUCAAUGGCUUCGCAUCACAAUUCUCACCGGCGGCGAAUAGCUUCAAUCCCGCUUUGGCGGCACAACUUUUCUUGCAGAACCCGCUUUUGCCGCAACCGAGUCAAUGGCUGUAUACGCAACUGUAUGGUAAUUACAGUGAGUUUCCCUGGUUCCGUGGUGCCGGUAAUGUUAUUGGUGAUGGCCUAACGCCAUCCAUACCCGGCGCGGUACCAGCCGAAGUGUCGAAUGUAACAAGUCUAACAGCCACGGACGGAGGUAGCGAUGGCGUUAACUUGGUAAAGCGUAGCUUAACGCUAAUCUCGCAUUCGCCUGGUGUGGAGAAUGCGAAUCCGAAUGAUUCACCGCCUGUAACUUCAACGCGACACUCACCAGCGCUAGUCGAGACAAUCGAUCUGGACGAUGUGAGCACCACAUCCCGCACCGAGCUGUGGCGCAGUGAGUUCGGACCUAUACGUUGCCGUACACCUAGAGCGACGGACGUCUGGCGUCCAUACUAGCGGCUGCGUAACGCCAUGGUGACGGCGUUAGGCUUGAAAGUGCUCGUAGAGCAGAAGGUUGAGACUCACGAAGAACUGCUGCUCGACACGAAGCAGUGAUAUUGAGUGUUUCGGGUGGAGCAGUGGAACGGUUGUUAGAAAAGUGAAAGUGAAGGAAGAGCAGUUAGUUUUCAUAUCGUACUUUAGCGCAUGCCAGAUGGCGGAGCGUGGACGAGUUGGCGUGAUUUUAAGCUGCUUUCAUGUAAAAUAAUUAUGUAAUUAAAAAGUUCUAGAUUUGUACUCGCAUAGAGUAUGUAAAUGGGGGAGAAAUGUAAUGUUUUAUAAAACGAAGAAAAUCACAUAUCGAAUUUAUUAAAGCAAGUAAUGUAAAAUCAAUAUAAACAAAUUAUAUUACCGUUAUUAUUAAGAACGUAAUCCAAAUUCCACUCUAACUGUUAAGUUAACUUUUAAGUUGAAGCAUAUUUGAGUCACGUGUGCAUGUAUACAUAUGUAAAGUAUAUUAUGUUUUGUAAUUGUAGUUUAGAAUGUGCACACAUACGCAUUUCAAGUACAUAAUGUGGUAAAUGUACAGUUAUACGAAGUAGAAAUGUAAAAAUUUUAAAUUAUAACGAUUUCAUAAGUAUCUCAUAGUGCCGUUGGCUGCUGGAGAAACCCAGUUCGCUAUGAGCAAUAGCUUAAGAUAUUCUGUUGAUAUUUAUAGAAAUACAAAACUCAAAAGAUCCAAUAAAUAUAUUUAGAUUUCAAGCAAGCCCCAUUCUAAA